GCAAAAAUUACCUCACGUGAUAGAACAUCUAUGCUGGAUCUUACGCGAUAACGAGUCGGAAUCAUAUUUUCAUGUAGUUGACUUCCUCCAUUCGGCGAUGGCAGUCAAGCGGUGCUGCGUUAUAAUUUUGUUAGUGGUCUUGCUCAUGGCAAUCCAGUAUUCGGAGUCACAAACACCACGGGAGAUCUUGAAUAAAUAUUUACAGUCGGAUCCGUGUCGCGGAGGCCGCGGAUCAUCAUGUCUCGAGCCUCCAGAAUUUUCUUUCCAAGAAUGCGAUGAGGCAUUCUCGUCCAUCAUCACGCUAGCCCAGGCGGGAGCAGGGAAUGUCCACGGGCACUGCAAGAGUGCGAAGUAUUCUGCGUGUCGAAAGACAGUAGGGUGCUUAUAUGUUUAUCACAAAUGCACCGCCGAGGUCACUUUUUCUACCGGGACGAAGAAGUUGGUCGCUCUCAAAGACUGUAUGAAAUCGAUAAGAGGGCAAUGACGCUAAAAAGCUGUUAAAAUAACUCUAAAUGCUUUAAUUUUGUUAGUAUUAGUGCCUCGUACUUGCUUAAAUCAACGAGAUAGAUGACUUGAAUGUUAUGAUACUCCUUUGUUUAUUGUGUAC